AGCAAACAAAAGAAGACCUCAGCCGCGAGGCUCUGACCGUCGAUCCCUCCAACAAAGCCUUUACCGGCUCACAAUGGAACGAAUCCUCCAAACCGCAGACUUUCAAACCUCCCGAGAAUGCCAACCUCAUGGCCGGUGGAACCCAGCACACCGCAGGAGGACAAGUGCCUGAAGUGACCUUCAUGAACGCCCUCCACGUCGGAGCGCCAGUCACAGAAAUCCACAAGAGGCCGUGCGUGCGCGACGCCUUGAUGACGGGGAUGGCGGCUGGGUUUGCGUUGGGAGGAGUACGGUUUAUAUUCCGAGCACCGGUCUUCAAAGCGUGUAAUUGGGCAGUGGGCGGAUUUGUGGUGUCGUCGGGAGGACAGUACCAAUAUUGUUUGUAUCGACGACAGGCGGAGAAGGAGGGCAUGACUCGGGCGAUGGAGAUUUUGAACCGCAAAGAGAUGGAGAAGAAGGCGAGGGAGCAGAGAAAGGAGCAGUUGCGGAAGGAGAGGAGGGAGACGAAAUUUCAAGAGCAGGAUGCGAAGUUGGCGGCGUUGAAGGAGAAGGCGGAGGGGAAGCCGUGGUAUAAGUUGUGGUGA